AGCUCAGUUAGCUGUCCACUCGUUUUUAUAUUCAUUUUCAAUUUCCUCUCUUUAUGUUUUUUUUCUCUUCUUCUACGAUAUCUCCAGAACAGCAAGUGAGAGAGGGGGAAUUAUUCCACAUUGAAAUCCCCAUAUUCUUAGAUUUUGACUCUAAAUUGAUUUUCCGUGUGCUUUCUUGGGAAAAAAUCGGGGUUUUGGCAGAUUCUCGAUUUUCCGGCUGCGUGUCAAACGAUUGAGCUCAGUUUUCUUGAAUUGCAAGAAUUGAAGAUUCAUUCAUUCAUUUAUGGCUGGAGUUUUUUCUUCUGAGUGACGCCAUUGAUUCUGUGAAGAAAGAGAAAAUAAAAGUAGCAGCUUGUAGACGUCACGCCCUGUCUAUCUACGUGGGCUAUUGGGUUCGACUCGUGUAAUGCUGAGAUUGGAGCUUUCUGAAACAGGGUCUCACAGUCUUCCUCUCAAAUGGGUAUAUUUGAUUUCUAACACAGAUCGUGAAGAAUCGCGGUUUCUGGAGAUCUGAGGCUUUUUUGACUGAAAAGUGUCAUAAAUUUUUGUAACCGACACAACCACAAGGGAUAGUCAAAAAAGAUAAAAAAAUAAAAUGAUGAGAAUGAAGACUAAACCGACAGGGCUGUCUACUAUGAAUGGCAGCUCAAGAGCUGGCGGCGGAGGCGGCGGCAACGAGUCUGGGCACGAGUGGGAGCUUAGACCGGGAGGAAUGCUGGUUCAGAAGCGAAACCCGAACUCCGAUCGGAGCUCCAUCCCUCCACCGACAAUAAGAGUUAGGGUUAAGUACGGGUCUGCGUAUCACCAAAUCAAUAUUAGCUCCCAAGCUACAUUCGGGGAGUUGAAAAAACUGUUGACAGGACCGACAGGACUGCACCAUCAAGACCAAAAGCUGAUAUUCAAAGACAAAGAGAGGGAUUCAAAUGCAUUUCUGGACAUUUCUGGAGUGAAAGACAAGUCCAAAAUUGUUCUUGUUGAGGACCCGAUUAGUCAAGAAAAACGUUUCCUUGAAAUGAGAAGAAACGCCAAAAUGGAAAAGGCUUCAAAAUCCAUCUCAGAAAUCAGCCUCGAAGUUGAUAGGCUCGCCGGCCAGGUGUCGGCUCUUGAGUCCGUAAUUACUAAAGGUGGGAAAGUAGCAGAGAAAGAUGUGCUUAAUUUGAUUGAGUUAUUGAUGAAUCAAUUGUUGAAAUUGGAUGGAAUUAUGGCCGAUGGAGAUGCGAAAUUACAAAGAAAAAUGCAGGUGAGAAGAGUUCAAAAAUAUGUAGAGACUUUAGACAUGUUGAAGAUGAAGAACUCCAUGCCAAAUGGCAAUGGAAACCACGUACCAAUAACGCAGCAGCAUCAACAACAAAAGCAUAAUAAUUCAAACGGACAGAAACCCAAUCACUAUCCUAAUGGCCCGAGGCUAAUGCCAAUAGAAGAAGAGCAAGCACAACACUUGGCUUCUGAACAGCAUUCCAAAUCAGGCACAGUUGUCGUUACUACGCAGUGGGAAACAUUUGAUUCUGCACCGCCAUUACUACCUGUGCCAUCAACUUCUAAUAAUUCAGACCACCAGCAACCUAAAUUCCCAUGGGAUUUCUUCAAUUAGUCUCUAUUACGAGUAGCUGUUGUUUCUUUAAAAUGUGUGUGGAUGUGAUUUGGAUUUGUCUCCAGUUGGUUUGUCAUCUUCUCCAUUCUUUGAUGUAUUUAGAUUUGUUAGCAACCCUCUCUGCCAACAAUUCAGUUCAGAAAUAAAUCAAUUGGGCUACUGCUAUAUUAUUAACUUGUCAUCAAACUGUUCAGUUUGCCAUUGUAUAUGGUUAUUGUUUC